CGUCGAGUGUUUUAUAUCAGUGUUAGUAACCGUUGGACAGUGGUCGGCGGCGUCAGUGGAUUUAUAUUGCGGAUAAUUUUGAUUGCUCCUAAAUUCGGUACUUUGCUUUUAGUGAUGCAUAGAUACUUAUGACGAUUAUGGAGGACCAGGAUUUCUCCAGCACCAUGGGGUCGGUGACCCUGCAAGUGGGGGGCUUGGAGCUGCUAACCAGGUACUCCAUGAACACGACCCGAGCCACCAGCGUGCUGUCAUCGCUACACGAAUUCAGGACGCAGGAGAACGAACAGACGGGCGGAAAGCAGUGGAAUUGGAAGUAUUUGAGGGAUCAAUUUGAUCAAAAAGAUCUGGAAGGGCUGUAUAGAAAAUACGAUGAUAAAUUAAGAGAUACUUUAAUUUAUGUUUAUAUUACAUUACUUGUGACGUUCUCAACAAUUCAUAUAGUUACGGUUAUAGUUUCUACAUACGCAGAGGAAGCACAAUCGAAUUCAACCUACAUGUCUAUGGGCAUGUAUCUUUUAAGGAUAUCGAUACCGAUACUCUCCGUUUGGAAGUGUUUUUACGACCCCAUGAGAAAAAAGUGGUUUUGGAUGCCCAUGCUGAUCACAUUUGUUAUUACCCUCGACCUCGUGUUUACAGACGUAGCGGUUCCCAUAUACAGCUCUCUGGACGGCUUCGCACUCCGUCCAGCGUACGGCACGAUGGCGCUACUGUCUAUCUAUAUCUUCCUUCCGAUGAGGAAUAACUUCAUGUGCUUACUUCUCGGCGUCCUGGUCAGCUUGGUCUACAUCCUGAUAACAGGGCUCUACACGUACGCGGGAGACCCUCAGAUUGGGGUCGUGGUAAGGAUUUCCUCAGACAUAAUAUACAUGAUAGGGGUCAACCUCAUGGGCACUUACUUCCGACUGAUGAAUGAGAUCGUGACACGAAGGUCCUUUUUGGACAGACGAGCUUGUGUCGAGAGCACUUUGAGAUUAAAAUUUGUAAGAGACCAAGAGGAACGUCUCAUGUUAAGUAUAUUACCAGAACAUAUAGUCUCCAGAGUGAGACAAGAUAUUAGGACGAUUUACUUGAGGCUCCAAUCUCAUAAUUUGACUCAGAGCAUUAAGUCCUUCAAUGAACGUUACGUCGAAGAGCAUGACAACGUGAGUAUACUCUACGCAGAUGUGGUUAACUAUACAAUGAUUUCCACCACACUCUCCCCGCUUCGAAUGGUGGAGUUACUCAACGAACUGUUUGGGAGGUUCGAUGAAGCUUCUGAGGAACACGACGUAUUAAGGAUCAAAUUCUUGGGAGAUUGCUACUACUGCGUCAGCGGGAUUCCCAAGCCUACAGUGCAUCAUGCCAAAAACUGUGUCGACUUGGGCUUGGAAAUGAUUUACAUCAUCAAGGACGUAAGAGAAAAACGGUCAUUGAACAUAGACAUGAGAAUUGGAGUGCAUUCUGGCAGAAUAUUGAGUGGUCUUAUUGGAAUAAGGAAAUGGCAAUACGAUAUCUGGUCAAAAGAUGUCACUAUAGCUAGCAAAAUGGAAUCUACAGGCCAAGCGGGUAAAGUACACGUGACGAAGCAGACACUGGAGCAGUUACUGAACGUCGCCAGGGAAUAUAUAAUUGAACCUAAUUUCGCUUCUCAGAGCGACGAAUUUAUAACAAAACACAAAUUGGAGACCUUUCUCCUAUCGAGACCUAUGCGAUCUCAAGAAUACAAACCUUUUAGGAGAGCAUCUGUUGGCUUGAACAAACUUUUGACCAAAACUUCUGCUAGACGAUCGGAAAGGAGGAACUCGAAUUUUCGACGCACCACGACGUUCAUGGAUGAGAAUCUGGUGGAGUAUCAGCAAAUGCUGAAGGCGGCUGAUGCUCAGAUGACACGUGAGAUAGAGGAUAUGACUAAUGGAAAGGACCAAUACAAAAAAGAAUCGAGACUCAACAGAUUCACUUUGAUGUACAAAGACUUCAAGAUGGAGAAGGCCUUCCUGAGGCUGCCGGACCCACUGUUCAAGUAUUAUAUCACGUGUUGUUUAAUUAUUUUACUUCUCUUGUUGUUGAUCAAUGGUCUCACUACUAAUUGGUACAGAGCCUUUAAUGGGUACACAUGGUUCUUAUUCGCAUUGUUUGUAUUUAUACUAUUGGCUAUGCAGCCGCUAACCUGGUUUCACUUCGUAUGGACUGCAUUCAGAGGUAUAGAGGAACCAAGAAAUCAGUUUCUGAGAUACAUAUAUGAUGCGUCAAUAAAAAUAAUAAAAUCUGCAAAGUUGAGGACAGCAAUGUAUUUAAUUAUAAGUUUUGGACUAUCUGCGACGUCUAUAGUAAAUGUUAUUGGAUGUUCGGAAGUUGAAGCAGACCCUAUCACGGAUACAGUAUUAUCAAACUGCGUAUCUUCAUGGCACGUCACUCAAUGCUGGGGAUUAGCAUUGCUGCUAAAUUUUCUUUUUAGCAGAGUGUUCUUUAUCUUCAAGUGGAUUGUAGCUGGUGGCAUGACUGUCUUCUACUUGUGGGUUGUAUGGGAAAUCAAAACCUCUCUUUUUGCUUCCGAUGUCACUUGGAAUGUGGGUCUAGAUCCGAGAGUGUCUCAUACUUUAUCUGUAGUAUUUAUAACAGUGACGUUAUAUUUUAUCGAUAGAACGACGGAAUAUAGGAAUCGAUUGGAUCAUUUGUGGCAAACUCAACUGAGUGAAGAACAACAUGAGGCUGAAACUAUGUUAAAAGUUAAUAACAUGUUGUUAGAAAAUAUAUUGCCUGCUCAUGUUGUGCAAGUUUAUUUGAACCUGAACAGGUCUCUAGAUGAAUUAUAUUAUGAGAAAUAUGACAACGUAGCAGUAAUGUUCGCUUCCUUGACUGACUACAAGCUGGGUAUGGAGGACGAUGCUGAUCUGAGUGAUAAAACUGUGGUAGGCAUAUUAGACAGCGUCAUUUCAGACUUUGAUCGAUUAUUAAUGACAGGGACCUCAACAUAUAAAGUUGAGAAAAUAAAGAUGGCUGGAUGGACCUAUAUGGCAGCUUGUGGCUUAGACCCAAACAGAAAGAAUUCAUUCGAUUCAACGUCGACUAAUUCCAAAUUGGGACCAAAUACAAAUUACAAUCGAGCGCUUGUGAUGACAAUGGUGGAGUUUGCUGCUGCAAUGAUGAUGAAACUGCAGGAUUUUAAUAGAAGUUCGUUUCAGAAUUUUGAGGGAUUGAAUUUGAGAAUUGGAAUAUCAAAUGGAGAAGUAGCAGCCGGUGUAGUUGGAUCAUCAAAGCCACUUUAUGAUAUAUGGGGUCAUGCUGUCAAUAUGGCUUCCAGAAUGGAUUCUACUGGAGAGACUGGUAAAAUACAAGUGACAGAAAUCACCGCCAUAAUAUUAGACGAAUGUGGAAUCUUCACUAGUUACAGAGGUGAGACAUUUGUCAAAGGGGCUGGUUACAUCAAAACAUACUUCGUGCCAUUAGAUGAAAAUUACAACCUAGUCAAAAAGAAGCGCUGCAGUGAUUAUUUUAAAAAAGAAUAUCUUCCAUAUUAUACCGCUCGUGAGAAUAAUGAUGGGGAUGUGUCAUCAUCAGAAUCAGAAACCUUCGAAACUCAGACACAGUAUUCAGCACGUAACGGAUUUUUAAGAGAAGCUGAUUAUAAUUUUAGAGAAACUGCAACUCCUAUUGAUACAGUCUCUUCUAUAUGCUCUAAUGAAAUAAGACGUGAUUCAACAUACGCUGAAACUAUUGAAACUCAUUUAUAAGACUGUCCUUCAUAUACCUAGUACAAAUAAAUUAACAUUUCAGAUCCUAUUAACAAUAGUUUUCAUUGUAAUAGACUAAAAAAACAGUAAUGUAAAUAAGUUACGUUUAUAAGUUUAGUUUUAAUACCAGUUAAUUAUAAUGUUAAGUUUAUAAUAUUUUGUGAAAGACAUUCCGAUAUAAAAAUAAAUAUAGA